AUGAUUAUUGGUUCACAGAUAAAACUUGAAGAUUUAUCAAGAUCAGAAGAGAGUCCUGCUAAAAUGCUAAGCAGCAGAGAGUAGAACUAUAUGGAUGAUGAUAUAUUAAAUGGUGCUCAGAAUCGAGAAAAAAACUUUAAACUAUAAUUAAAUGAUAAAUGUAUUCUUUAAGAGCAGUAACGAAAAAGACUGAACACAUAGGAUAGUUAUAUUCCUGCUCCUUAGACUCCAGAAGUAAUUAAAAAAAACAGUAAAGGUCUUUAGCAAGUUUCUAUUAACAACUUCAACUAAAGUAUUACAAGUCCCUCUUAACCUUUUUAGAGCUACGACUUAGCUUAAAGGCAUAAGAGUAGUAUUGGGACUUUAGCAACAGGUAAAAAUGAAAUAGUCAAUGUAUCAAAUAAUUUCUAUAAUAUGAAAACUGCUUGUUCUUAUACUCCAUAAACGCUAAAGAUUAGAAAAGAGUCUAAUAACAUUUAUAGUGGUUAUAAGUUAGAAGAUGAAAACAUGAAGUCUCUUAAGUAGAAUAACGAUUUAGAUCAAGAUAUUAAAAAAAAUAAUUUACAUUAGAUAAAUCUUUAAAGGGAAUUAAGUUUUUAAUAAAGCAAUAAUAAUUUCAUCAAUAACCCAUCACCCAAUUUUAUUAACUUUAAUUACAAUAGUAGCAACAAUGAAAACCAAGAAAACAAUAAAAAUGAAAAAUUUACUAUCGCUAAUCACCUUAAUUUACAAAUUAAUUUAUUAAAAAAUGCAGAGUAAAAUCCCUCUGAAUAAACUAACUUUGCACCACAUAUAGCAAUGAAGAAAGUUGUAAGUACAAAUAACAACGAAGGAAAUGAUGAGAGUGAAUACAAUAAAGAUAAUACUAAUUCAAAUAAAGCAAGAGGUGCAUCUAAAGCAUCUUAAACGUAGAGAAAAUCAAGAUUUAGUGGAGUACUUGGCAGUGCUUUUGGAAAAUCAGCUAAUUCUUCUGAUAUUCUAAAAAAUAUUAAUAUAAUGAAACAUGCUAGGUAAUUUAUGAAUAAGCUGCUUAACUUUACAAUUCAUUCUAAUUUUAAGUAUCUAAAAUAAAAACACUAUGAUUUUAUUGGAGAUCUCAGUGCUUUUUACAACCCUGAGGAACACGUCUUUGUAGAGGGAGAAAAUAGUUUGAAGAAAUCUAGUUUGCUAAAUAAAUCUAAUAAGUCAUUUAAGUCUUUAAAUUCUAAUUUAAUUAGCAAGUCUUAACUUUCUUAGCAAACAUUUUUUUCAAGUUAAAGAAAGGAAUUUAAUAAAUUUAUUGUACUUCUAUUUGAAAUCCUAAAGAGUGUUCCUGUGUUCGAUCCAGAAUCUUUUUUUUUUAUCAUUUGGGAUUUGAUUAUGCUUAUAUUUUAAACAGUUAUAUUUCUAUUCAUUCCUUUAUCAGUGAGCUUUUAAUUAAAUAUUCAUAUCCCAGGCAUUUAAACUGCUGGCUUUUCAGCUAUAGCAGGCAGUUUCUUUUUUUUAGAUACUAUUCUAACACUCAAUAGAGGAGUCUAUAUCAGUGGGGUUGCUGUCUUAGAUAGAAAUGUAAUUCUUAAAAACUAUUUGAAGAAUAUUCUAUUUACUGAUUUUGUUACUCUUAUUGCUUUAUCUAAUAUUAAUGAAUAUCUACAAUUAUUAAUCCUAUUUAGAAUAUACUACAUAAAAGUUUUAGUCAAUCGUCUUGAUGACCACUUUUCAUUUAGAAUGAAAUUUUCAGAUGUCAUGUAACUAGCAUAAAUGAUUGUUUCGAUUAUAAUAAUAGCUCAUUUAUGCGCCUGCGGCAUACAUCUAGUUAGUAGACUUUCAGUUGAACUUGGCGGAUAUCAAAAUGCAUUAAUCAUAGAUUAAAGGUAAGAUAAUUGGAUAAAUAUGUAUAUCAUUUGUCUGUAUUUCUCCUUGAUAACAAUGUCAACAGUAGGGUAUGGUGAUGUAACUCCUAAAAAUAAUAUAGAAAGAAUUUACAUUAUGGUUAUGACUCUAUUAAGCUCUGCUCUAUUUGGUUAUGUAAUUAACACAAUAGGUUAGAUUUACACAAAAAAGGCUUAGAGGAGAGCUAUAUUUGAACAGAAAAAAUUUGAUAUAAUCACAUAUAUGGGAAAUAGAAAUAUUCCAAAACACCUUUAAAUGAGAUCAAUAAAAUUCCUUGAAUAUAUAUAAUUUUAAAAAGAUGAAACCCACAUAAAAGGAUAAGCUAUUAUUGACUAGCUUCCAUCAUAACUCUCUUAAGAAAUAAAAUAAGAGUUUUUUGGUAAGAUAUUACACUCAAAUAAAUUGUUCAACUCUCACUUUUCUCCAUAAGUCAUCAAUUAAUUAGCUUUAACAAUGAAAGAGUUAUCCCUUGCUCCAGGAGAGUAUCUUAUCUAGUCCGGAUAAAAUGAUAACAGAAUUUAUUUUCUUCUUGAAGGGUGUGUAUCUAUAUAUGUUUAAACUCGAAGCGGACUGCAGAAGAAAAUUGUAACAAUCGAAGAAAAAAAUUAUAUGUUUGGUUAAAGAUCAUUUUUUUGCUAGUAAGCAAGAACUAAAUGGCUGAAAUGUGAAAAAACCUCUAAUUUUGCAUUUUGUGAACUAAAAGAUUUCAAAGAAAUUUUAUUGAAUUAUCCUAAUGAAUAUGAAGUAUUUUGUGAAAUUAAGGAUUCUAUUAUCUUUGAAGAAAAAUCUGCGGAUACUUAGUGUGCAAGCUGUGACAAAUUUUCUCAUAAUUUUUCUAAUUGCCCAUUAAUUCACUUAAAAUUGAAUAAAUCUAAAAUAAUUUACGCACAAUGCUAUUCAGAAUAAUAGGUGAGACAGAAAUAUUAAGAAAAUAACUAACCAUUCAUUCGUAAAAGAAAGCUUUAUCAAUCAUUUAGAGACAGACAAUUAAUUAGAUCAAAUCUUAAAAAAUUGAGAAUUGAAUAUGCAAAAUAAUAGCUUUUAGAAGAUUAAAAAGAAGAUGCAUAGACUGGAAAUUAGUCUAUGACAAAAUUUUUAAUUUAAGAAGAAAUAAAAAGUUAUGAAUAAUAUUUUUAUACAACUGUUGAAGAUAAGUAAUUCUUUUUAGGUGUUCCAGAAAUUAAUGCUUAUUUACCACUAACAUAAAAUGAAGAGUAAUAUUUGCAAAAUGAGCCGUUUAAUUAAUUUCUUACAUCAGAUAAUGAAGAAGAUUAUGAUGCUGAUUAAGGUAUUGAAGAUUAUUUAUCAAGUAAUGACAAAACUGUUAAUGAUAAAACUAUUGAAAACUUAGAUAUCACAAAUGAUAACAAAAGUGAAAAAAUUAAUAAUUAAGUAGCAAAUUUCAAUUUAAACACAGAUAAAAAUGCAAUAUCUUCAAUUAACUCAAUUUCAACAUCUCAACAAAAAACAGAACACAACAAUACAAUCAAGUAAAAUAUUUUUUCUAAAUCUCAUAUAAACUCAGACGAAUCAACUUUUGAGUUAAGAAAAAAUAAUCAUUAAUCAAGUUUAAUUAAACUUUAAUAAGAUGAUUAAAUAUAAUUUAAUAUAAUUCCUCAUUAUAACUCUGAAUAAUCUAUUCAUUCAAGUCUAAAAGAGCCUUAAUAAUUUUAGUAUACGAAGCAACAAUCAUCUUAAUCAGUUAAAUUUUCUUAGAAUUAAGUUUAUAAUAAUUAGAGUUAAGCUAACAAAGAUCAAUUAAUAUAACCGCUUUAAUAAUAAAAUCAGCAAUUAUAAUAAUCUCUUCCUUAGGUCUUAAAUGAUCAAAUUCUAAAAUUGAUAUGUUAAGCUAUGUAGUUACAGUAAAGCAACUAAAGUGGUAAUUAAGGAAAUAAUAUUUCAAAUAAUUAAUCUAGUCUUACUAUGUAGUAACCUACAGUCUAAAAUAUUAGAAGACCUUCAUUUUAAAGGACUAAAACAAGGAAAGGUACUCAUAAAAAAUCAGUUACUAUAAUGAGAUCUAAGACAUUUAAAUAAACGAUAUAGCCAAUUUUAUAGAAUGCUCAAAAUAUUACCUAAGUGGAUAGUCAUUAAUUAGAUAUCUAACAAAAAUAAAGACAAUAAUAAUUUUAUUUCUUUGACUUUGAAAAGAUUAAAAAUAUGGUGAAAUAUUUCCCAAAAUAUAAUCUGCAAAAUGUUAUUAAUAUUCAAAACAAAUACUUCAAGCUAAGAAUGAAUAGUAUUAGAAAAUCAAUCAAAAAAGAAAAUAACGUAGAUAAUAGAAGCCCGACAUUUAUAGGUAGACCUUCUAUUUAAUAAGGUCUUUCUCCUACUAGAAAAAGGAAAGAAUAGCGUUCUAAUGCUAUAAACUCACCUUUCUAAAUAAGAUGCAAGCAAGUUAAGCAAACGAUAGUCCUUUAAAAUUGA